GGGUUAUCAGUUUUUCUGUCACAGGUGUCACUCACAGUCUCACACAAAUAAAAGAAUUUAUAAUUAUUUCACUGCAUUGCAGUCAUAAGUUACAAAAUACUUUUUUUAUUACUCUAUAAAAUCGAUUUUAGGGUAUAGGAAUUGAAAAUCAGUGAUUUUCUUACAAUUAAAAGAUGUCACAAGUAAAAUCUAGCAAAAAAAUUAAGUGGGCCUUGGAUUUCAACCAAAAGAAUAAAACGCAGAUGUCAGAGCUGCCUUCUCCUCCAGGAUAUAGUCAAUCCACUAGCUCAAACUAUACAGAAUCAUCUAAAGAUACAGACUCCAAUCUUCUUUUGAUCAAAAAGCUGUGGGAUGUUGCUCUUGGACCUUUGAAGCAGGUGCCGAUGAAUCUUUUUAUAAUGUAUAUGGCAGGCAAUUCUAUUUCGAUAUUUCCAAUUAUGAUGGUGGGAAUGCUGAUUGUUAGACCAGUGAAGGCUUUGUUUUCAACACAGAGCACAUUUAAGAUGGUGGAAGGUACUCAAGCCGCUGGACAAAAGUUUGUUUACAUUAUUGGUAACAUAGUGAAUAUAUUGUUAGCUCUAUAUAAAUGCCAGAGCAUGGGACUUUUGCCUACUCAUUCCAGUGAUUGGUUAGCAUUUGAGGAGCCAAUAACCAGAGUGGAAUACAUUGGAGGGGGGCUAUCAAUGUUAUAAACAAAGUUUCUUUUUACCUUUAUUUAUUUAAAAUCAUUAAACUGUAUACCUAGUAAAUGUUAUUUACAGAAAAUUAAAUUAAAUUCAUAAAUAAUUUA